AUGGUGUCUUCUGGGUCCAAGGAGCCACUUGGUGAUAUUGGUGUGCCAUCAACCACCUUGUUGGAUGAGUUUCUAAGCGGUUUCAGUUGCGCAGCGCCGCGGUCCUUGCUCGAAGAACCGAUUUAUGUGCGGAUUGACGGGGCAUCUACUUGUUCCGAGAGGCGUAGUGGACGUUUGGAGAAGAAGAACAGGAGCUGCAACAUUCCUACUGCCAAGCGCGCAGAAUAUAGGUUGACGGAGGCUUAUGGGGAACUCCCGAAGGGGAUGGCAUCUAAGAAAGGCUUCGAGGAGGAUGUGCAAGAAAAGAUGAACUCUUAUCUUCGGAUGUACAAGAAACCGCCUACACCGACUGCGAUCGAGGCAACUCGUGCAUUGGUGGAGGCCAAUGGUUGA